CUACACAUUUAACGCUAAACGUGACGCUUGUGUUUGACUCGGUGCCUUUUUUGUUUAGCUCUUCCAACCAAAGCAGCACUCUGCUCCUCAGAUUUCGAAACCAAUCUAGCUUUUGGCGACAUUGUUCGACUGAAUCGUCGCCGGCUCCUUAGGUUGACCUGACCACCUCGUCCCGUCGUCAUGUACGCCUGUGCUAAGUUCGUCUCCACGCCCUCUCUGGUCCGUGCUGGAUCCCGGGCACUGUACAGACCACUGGCAGCAGCGGUAGGCUCUGAUGCUAGGAAAGCUGAGUGUGCUUCGCUUCUGGAACCACAGGGCGUUUUAGCCUCCCAGCAGCAGUUGGCAGUGCGGGGCUUCCAGACUAGUGCUGUGAGCCGCGACAUCGACACUGCCGCAAAGUUCAUUGGAGCAGGAGCUGCCACAGUGGGAGUGGCUGGAUCUGGAGCUGGCAUUGGAACAGUGUUCGGUAGCCUUAUUAUCGGAUAUGCCAGGAACCCCUCUCUGAAGCAGCAGCUGUUCUCUUACGCCAUCUUGGGCUUUGCUCUCUCUGAAGCUAUGGGUCUUUUCUGUCUGAUGGUUGCAUUCCUUAUUCUGUUUGCCAUGUAAACCAGUUUGGCAUUUGCCGCAAAGGAAUACAUCACAAUGUUAAUAAGAAUUAGUUGUUUGAGAUGCCCUUGAAAGGCACGAUAAUGUCAGCUUAUCAUGUUGCCCAUGCUUGUUCAUUGGUGUUUCUUAAAGCUAAAGAUUGUGGACCCACUGAUGUAAGAAACUCUGGCAGACCCGAAUCAUUUCAAAUGAUAGUUUUGCCAUUAUAUUGUAUAUUCAAUCCACUGUUUGUGUUAAACAGGCAACCACUAACGGAAGUAAAAUGUUUGACUUAUCA